AUGAGCGUGAAGGUAUUUGUGGGCAUCGCCACGGCAGGCAGUGUCUUCGUGAUAAUUAUGUCGCUGGUUGCUGCUUGCAUGAUUUACAACGAUAUCAAUCAUUUAUAUGACGAUGUUAUGGAUGAAAUGAGUGACUUCAAGACAGUAGCAGAUGACACGUGGCAGAGGAUAUUGUUGCUGCACAUGCAUCCUUCGGGUAACAGCGAAGGGUCUACAUUUUCUAGUCUAUUUGCAAGGUUCAAACGACAAUCUCGAUUCCCUGAACGAUGCAACUGUGGACCAAGCGCAGAAAAUUGUCCUCCAGGACCACCAGGCCCACGUGGAGACAAAGGUAUUGCUGGAGAUGAAGGAAUACCAGGAAGAGACGGACCACCAGGUCUACCUGCUCUUGUAAUAAUAACAACACCCGCACCACGGGAAUGCAUUGAUUGUCCACCAGGGCGACCCGGACCUGAAGGACCACGAGGUGAACCAGGAGAAAUUGGACCACCCGGAAAAAUCGGCCGUGAAGGAAGACCAGGAUCACGAGGACGAGGAGGACCGCGUGGAGCACCCGGUGAACCUGGUGAGCCAGGAACAGAUGGAAUCCAAGGCCGACAAGGACGACCAGGAAAAGAUGGCAAACGAGGUACUGGACCUCAAGGGCCUAAGGGACGUAUUGGACCUAAAGGAGCACCUGGACCCCAAGGUGAAACUGGACAACGCGGUGCUGAUGGAGAAGUGGGUGAACAGGGACCAGCAGGUAAAAAUGGCCGGGAUGGAAGAGCUGGCAAAGAUGGUAGACCUGGACAGCGAGGAAGCCCAGGUUUGCCAGGUCCAGAUGCUCACUACUGUCCUUGUCCUGCUCGAACUUCCGUCUUUGUGGCAUCUGUCAAGAAGGCCAAGCAUUAA